AUGCAGCAAGCAACACAGCUACAAGUGUCACCCAGUGGGCAGAGCCCCUAUCAGCCCGUCCGCAAUCUCCAAGGCAAAGCUGGGACACUGCGUCCACAGCUACAGGUGUCACCCAGUGGGCAGAGCCCCUAUCAGCCCGUCCCCAAUCUCCAAGACAAAGUGGGGACACCGCAUCCACAGCUACAGGUGUCACUCAGUGGACAGAGCUCCUAUCAGCCCGUCCGCAAUCUCCAAGGCAAAGCAGGGACACUGCGUCCACAACCCCAGCAUGAGCCACCUGCAUCCAAGGAGACCCUUCUGCAACAGCCGGGCAAGGACAAGAUGGUGACUCAUCGUAUCCCACGCCUCCGGGCUGUGGUGGAGAGCCAGGCCUUCAAGAAUGUCCUGGUGGACGAAAUGGACAUGAUGCUGUCCCACGCAGCCACCCUCAUCCAAGCCAAAUGGAGGGGCUACCGGCUCCGGCAGAAGCUAAUCUCUCAGAUGAUGGUGGCCAAGGCCAUCCAGGAGGCCUGGCGACGCUUCAACACCAGGUGCCUCCUCCAGUCUGGCAAGACGGUGGAGAAAAAAGUGAAGGUGGAGGAGGGGGACAUCCCUUACCACCCGCCCCAGCAGGUGCGGUUCCAGCAUCCGGAAGAGGGCAAGUCCCUUCUGGCCCAGCCCACCAUGGUGAGCAAGGAGACCCAGUUUCCUUCCUCCAACAGCCUGGCCGCUUAUACCCACCAGCUGGCCCUGCUGCAGUCCCAGGGCAUGUCACAGCCGGGUACGUGCUCUGUCGGAGGCCCCAGCGUCGCCUUCCUUCCACACCAGACCGUUGCCAUCAGACUUCCGUGUCCUGUGAGUCUAGAGGCGAAGUGCCGCCCAUGCCUGCUGACAAGAACCGUCAGAAAUGCCUGCCUUGUCCACGUAGAGGGGGACACGAUGAAGACCAAGCAAGUAACUGCCAGAGCCAACAAGGCAGGAGCCCCAGGGCCACCACCACCCGGAAGGUGUGCCCAGGCAGUUCAAGGACAACUCAAGAUCCAGACCCAGGCCCACAUGGAAGCAGCGGUCCUCGAAGGGCCACCACAGACAGGCCCAGCACCUGUGAUAACCAAGACCCCACCCCAGCCGGUGCCCACAAUGACAACGACCAAGACCGCACUCCAGAUGUACCCAGCGGCCCCGAUGACCAAGAGCCCAGCCCAGACAUGCCCGGCAGCCACAAUGACCAAGACCCCACUCCAGCCGUGCCCAGCGACAACAGUGACAAUAACCAAGACCCCACGCCAGGUGCACCCUGCAUCCCCAGUGACCAAGACCCCCCCCCAGACGUGCCCACAAGCCACGGGGACCAAGACUCCACUCCAGUCGUGCCUGGCGGCCAUGAUGAGCAGGAUCCAAUCCCAGCCGUGCCCAGUGCCCGUGGUAACAAUAACCAAAACCCCACCCCAGCCCUGCCCAGCGACCCCAGUGACCAAGACCUCAGCUCAAAUGAGACCAUCAGCCUCGAUGACCAGCACUUCACCCCAGACACGACCAGCAGCCACGAUGGCCAAGAUCCCACCCCAGUUAUGCCUGUUGCCCUCGAUGAGCAAGUCUCCAACGCAGACACGCCCUGCAGCCACAAUGACCAAGGCCCCGCCCCAGACGUGUGCAGUGCCCGUGACGGCCAAGACCCCGCCCCAGGUGCGCCCGGCAGCCACGGUGACCAAGACCCCACUGCGGACGUGUCAGGCGGCCACGGUGGCCAAGACCCCAUCUCAUCAGACACUCCGAGGCGUCUCGGUGACCAAAGCUCCUCCUGCCCAGACACGCCUGGCGGCCAUGGUAACCAAGACCCCAGCUCAGUUACGCUCGGUAGCCACCAUCCUCAGGACCCUGUGCCUGCCCCCUCCAGCAGCUGGAAAUCUCAAACCUUCAUCUUCAGCAGCGGCGGCAGCUGGAAUUCCCGACACCUCAUCCCACACGUGUCUAAGUGGACCGAAGGCCAAGGCUGUGGUGAACGCGAGGCAGGCAGCAGGGGUGACCAAGGUCUCAUCCCACUCAUACUUGACUGAGGGAAAAGUGAAAUGCUUCCCCCCAUCACAUCUGGGGGCUGGGGAUCCCAAGGCUCCAGCCAGGCCUCCUUCGGAAGGUGAGAAAAUCAAGGCCUUCUCCCAGAAACGGGUGAAAACGGAAACAGCAUCUAGCAUCAGUGUGGCCAUGGAAGUGCCCGUGGUUUCGUCCUGGGCAAAAGUGGCUGAGGACGGGAACAAGCAGGCACACCUGAGGACGGACGUCGUGAAGGCCCUACCCCAGGUAUGUGAGCCUAUAGAAACAGCUGUGGCACAUCUGGGUACAUGUCUGCCUCGGGCACAACCGGCCCCGUGUUCAACCACAGGCUCGCCCCAGGCACGUCUGCUGGCCGAGCUGACCAAGCCCCUGUCCCAGGCACAUGUUUCUACCAAGCUGACCAAGGGCCCGUCCCAAGGACAUCCACCCCCUGAGCUGACCACAGCCCUAGCCCAAUCACAUCUGGGCAUGUGUCUGUCCAAGGUGCAGUCCCAGGCACAUCUGCCCACCAAGCUGACCCAGGCACAGUCCCAGGCACAUCUGGCCACAGAAACAGCCAAGAGCCUCCACGCAGCCCGCCAGGCCACUGAGCUCAGCAGCAAGACCCAGUCCCAACCGCUCCUAGUCGAGUUCAAGGCCUCCACCCAGCCCCGCCAGCACAUCGGCGCUCUGCCCCGAGCCAAGCCAGAGGACAGACUGACCCAGCUCCUGUCCCACAGCUACGUGCAGGGCCAGGCCACCCAGGGCCCACGCCAGGGGGCCUCUGAGACCCAGAACGUGCUGGUGCCUCUGCUGGCCUCUGCUGGACACACCACGUGCCAUGUCGAAUCCUGGGGGGACAGGGGGGCCGCCUGGGCCCAGCCGUCGACAACCAGCCCAGCGCCGCCCUCCCAGCUCGCUUCCCUGUGUGCCGAGCUGGCUGCCCUGCUGGGCUCCCAGGAGAACCUCCGCGCCCUGCUGGCAAAAGCCCUCUCCCAGGGGGACGUGAGGGCGGCCCUGAACCAGGCCCUGUCCAAAGGGGUCUCGGGAGCCACGAUGGCCAAGGCCCUGCCCCAGGGCAUCCUGGGCACGGCGCUGGUGAAGGCGCUGUCCUGGGGCAAGCUGGCCACCAGCCUGUCCUGCGCCCUGUCCCGGGGCGAGCUGCGGGCGGAGCUCACUAAGGCCAUUCAGGGCAGACUGGCGGACGAGCUCAGCAAGGCGCUGACGGAGGAGGAGCGGACCACCUUGAACCAGGCCCUGUGUCAGGGUGAGCUGGGCGCAGUCCUCAGCCAGUCUUUUCCUCAGGCGGCCCUGAGGUCUGGAGUCGUCCUCCCCAAGGCUGCCGCGAAAACGGCGGGAAGCAGGGUGACCGCGAUGCCGACCCCAGUGGAGGUGGACUGCAGGGGGAGCCCGUCGGCUGCAUGGGGGCCCACCCUGGGCCCCAUGAGGCUACAGCCCAGCAAGGGUCCUGAGGACGCUGGCGUGUCUGGCGGCCAAGCGUGGAACUCUGCCGUCCCCAGUGUAGCGGUCGGGCCCAGGAACAGCACUGCGGUCCCUGGCGGCACGUGGGAGCCAGCCAGGAGCACUGUGCCGUGGGAUGUCAUGGCGGCGGUGGAUCCCAGACGGCCGGGGGAGCUGGUGGCGUCGGUGCAGGCUGCGGAGAAGAUAAUCAUCCAUGCGGUGGGCAUUAUCCAGGCGUGUACACGUGGCUUCCUGGUGCGCCGUACCAUCAAGGUGUGGCAUCAGUGGGCCAUCACCAUCCAGGCUGCCUGGCGUGGCUACUGUGUACGGCGGGACCUGGCCCGGCUCUGCAGAGCUGCCACAAUCAUCCAGGCUGCGUGGCGAGGCUUCUGCAUCCGCCGGAGCUGCACCCAGCAGAUGCUGCUCCCAGGCAUGUGGGCUGAGACGGGCAGCGGGGCCAGGACAACGUCUGACCACCGCUGCUUUCAGUCCUGCCGGCUACAAGUCUGUAGUCUCUGCCAGUCACUGAGCUCCGGGCUGGGGAGCCCACCCAGCGCGGUGAUGCUUGUGGGUUCCAGCUCCCGCACAUGCCACAUGUGCGGCCAUACCCAGCCCACCCGGGUGGUGCAUGGCACGGGUCAGGGUGCUGCAGGCCAGGCCGGCAUGCCACGGGGCUGCACCACCCGGUCAAACCCCCGGAGCCCCCGGCAACCCCAUCACCAGAACAAGGCAGCCACGGCCAUCCAGUCAGCCUGGAGGGGCUUCACUGUACGCUGCCGGCUGAAGCAGCAGCAGUUAGCAGCCAAGAUGCUUCAAGCCACCUGGCGCGGCCAUUGCACCCGGGCCUCUCUCACCACGGAUGCGCUCUUGGGACCAGCAGCGUGGGACAACUCACAGCACACGCAGUGGCCAGGUGUCUAGGACCUUGGCUUACCAGUGGGGGAACACCAGGGG